GAUAACCGCUGAUGCUUCUUUGUAUCGCUGGCGUUUUAUCAUGGCAUCCAUGUGGCUUUAAAGUUUAAUAUAUCUGUGCUAGACUAGCAGGCUAAACCGUGCCCAAUCGAUAUGCUUGACGAUCUAUUCCUAAAACUAAACAUUUAAGAAAGUCCGAAUAUUGGAUAGUAGGAUAAUGGAAGGAGUAGGGCUGCCACAUCAAGACCAAAAUGAAGUGGUUCUGGCAAUACACAUUAGAGAUUUUCUGCAAAAACAGGUGAAAGUUUCAAAAGUACAUGUUGAUGGAGUUAGAAGGACAAGAAAUGAUUUUGUGGCAGGAGUUAUUCAAGAUUCUGGAGUAUUAGCUGCUAAAACAAUUGAGGAGGUCCUUAAAUGUACCCAGAAAGCUAAGUCAAUAUUUCAAGAAUUAGGAAUUUUUAAAACAGUGGAUAUUUGUUUAGACAAGGAUGAAGAAAAUGGUGGUGUUGAAGUAACAAUGGAUUGCAAUGAAUUUCUGAUAGUUGGAGGCUCUGCUGGUACACAAGUUGGGACAAAUGAAGGCAAUAUGGUUGUAGGUGGCCGACUUAUUAAUGUAUUUGGAAGAGCAGAGAAUUUUACAGCUGAUGUUUCAACAGGAACCAAUACGAAAACUAGCUAUCGCGUUGGGUUUAUGAAACCAAUCAGCAGAAGUUUGAAUAAAAAGUUUUCUUUGGAUGCUCGGAAGUCUUUAAUUGAUUUCCCCUUCAGUUCAUUCAUGGAAUCAUCGCAUAGCGUUACCGCAGACCUGUCCUUUCCGUCCUGGCUUGGUUCACAUUCAGUAACAUGGGAAGGAGCUUGGAGAAGGAUCAUGGGAAUCCCACCGCUGGCAUCGUUUGAUAUAAGACAGCAUGCUGGUCGUUCUCUCAAGUCUUCUGUAAAACAUACACUGGUUAUGGAUGGACGAGAUAAUGGAGAGUUCCCAACUCAGGGACAUUUCAUUAAAUUCUCUCAGGAAUACUCAGGUCUACUUGGUGACGUGAAUUUUAUAAAGAGCGAAGGAGAGGUGAAAUUAUUUGGCAGUGGAUCAUGGGAUUCGAUAUUUUCGAUGACGGCAAAGGCAGGAUUUCUGAAAUCGUUUUCUGAGAAAUCUCAUAUAAAUGACAGAUUUUUCCUUGGUGGACCGCUUUCAAUACGAGGUUUUAAAACGUUUGGAAUAGGGCCAAGACGACAAAGUGACUCAUUGGGUGGAGACAUGUACUGGUCGUUAGGCCUUCAUCUCUACACACCUCUGCCAUUUAGACCUGGCGGCUUCGCAGAAAGAUUUCGAACACACAUUUUUGCCACCGGUGGAAAUAUAACACAAUUUACGGAAGCCAUCCCUUGGAAGAAACGAAUGGAAUAUUUAGGUGAAAACGUUCGAUGGUCGUAUGGAGCAGGUCUUGUAUUGCUGGCAGGGAUAGCACGGUUUGAGUUGAACUACUGCAUUUUAGGAUGGAAUUCUCUCACUGACAGUAUUAACCCUGGCCUGCAGUUUGGUGUGGGUAUAAACGACGUGUAGCAAGAUAUUAUUACUAAAUAUGUAUAUUUAAAGAAUAUUUUAAAUUUUGUACAAAAAAUACCAGAAAUUAAGCCUUAUUUGUAUUGCUAUUAAUUUUGUCGGCCUCUACAGUGUAUAUAAUAAAAGUUUACACUUGCAUGGUAAAUGUCUUCUAGGCGUGCGCGCACCCAUGCAUCGUUUAGGAAAUCUUUUUUGUAUGUGUCUAUAGACACUUACUGUAUAGAAAGUUUAAAAGGUUUUUUUAAACCGUGUUUUAACAGGCAAUUUAAUUAACGGCUUCCGCACAAAAAUAGGCGAGGGGCAGAGUUGGUAGAUAUGCAAAUAUUUGAGGCCAAAAUGUCAUUAGUGCUAUCAAGAAAACAAAGAAAACGAAAGGCAAAGACAAAGGAAACAAAGAACUAGUGUGAUGUUGUUCGGCCUCAAAUAUGCAGCUAUCUGCCCCCUGGCGAGGGGACAAAAAUAUGCAAUAUCUUUCAUAAGUUAUUCAAGUUUUAGAGAAUUUAGCGCUUCAUUCAUGCACGACUAAUUUUUUUCCGGCUUAAAGUUUAUUAGUCUCAGAUGUGACUAAUUUGCGUACAUUAUAAAAUCACGUUUGACUUCCAUUUCCCAACGUUUCAGAGGCUGCUGGUUUUAUGACAAAUGCAAAUUGACACAGCUGAAAGUCACGACUUGAAAGUCGUCAAAAACCAGACUUGAAACGUUUUAGGGCAAACAUGCCCUAAAGUAAACAUCUUAACUUCGCGCGCUCGCUUACGCCUCCACCACAUUGUCUGAAACUUUAAUAACUUACUGAGACAUAUUUUAUAUUCUAGACCUGUCAGGUUAAACUGCAUUUUUAGUCACAUAUCCAUUUUUGUGCGCAAACUAGUCUAAAAUUGACUAUUUAAACACUCUUUUAAGUACUCUAACUACUCGCACAUACUAAAAAUUUAAUCUAACCAUGCGUGCGCGCGUACGCCUGGAAGAUAUUUCCAAAGUUUGUACUCAGACUUAAAAAUAGUUUAAUGCACAUGGAUGUUAAACAUCUAAAUGUUUGGUUAAACGACCAUAUAGAAUUUGAUGCAAGGUACAAUAGAUUGUGUCUAAAGCAACUGUUGCCACAGCAACAACGCGACAUUGCAAAAUGGCCUCCAAAUUCAUUUCACUCGCUCCCUCGUUCUUAGACGCUUUGCUUCAAAAAGAUUUCGUGAAGUCACUAUACAAAAAGUUUACAUGAAGCCAUUAUACUAAAAGUUUAUAUGAAGUAAUUCCUUGAUGUUGUGAGCGCGCAAAGGGAGAUGGGACGUGUGUGGUGUUACUUCUUUUAAACUUUUCCAAUAACGAUUUUGAAAAAUGUUUCAGAAGUAAAGCGCGUGGUGACGAGGCAGUUUUGAUGUGUUUGUAUCGCAAACGACGAUGAAGUUGCUCUAUCGAUUUUUGAUAAGGUUUGCGAUUAUUUACGCGCGAAUAAUCAUCUCUAAAUAGAAAAAAAUGCCCACUAAUUUUUAAACCAUUUCUAUCAACGAAGCUUCUAUAAGGUAAAUAUUAACAAUGAAACUGUAUGGCGGUAAUAAAACUAUAACCGUUAUUUUGAAACGAGUCAGUGCUAUAAAAAUGUUGCUAUACUGUUGCUAUACUAUACCUUCAGUCGAAAGAUCAUAGAUACGUUCAUAACUUAUAAAUUUUCGUCCUUUUGCUAAACAAUUGGAAACGUACAUUUAUAUUAACCAACCAUUUCCAAGAAACUAAAAUGUGUAUUUAACCAUUCUCAAGAAACUGCGGAAGCCUAGGGAAAGAUGAUUUAACCUAAUUCAGUCUUAAAAUAUUCAUAACGUAUUAGAAGCAACAGAGCUUUGAAUACACGAAACCAAGGCGCCCGUAGCUAGAAGCUUAUUUGUGGGGGUGGAUGCAUCUUCAUAUUCUUACGCUGUGUGAUAUAACAUGAAUAUGUGAAUAUAUGCAGCUGCCACCCACCAACCCCCAAAAUCGUAUCUUCAUAUAUCUAAAUUUUCAUAUCUUGCUUAGUUCUUGGACUGGGAUUAACGUGCAGUUUUAAAAAAACAUAAUUAACUUUUAACUAUAUAGUGACACAACAACCAAUGAGUUGACUACGAUUUAACUAAACAAAAUGUUUUUAGCAGUUUUAUACAACCGGCCCCAGUCCGCUAUCUUGUCUUAAAGUUCGAUCUCAUUAAAUGACGUCACAACCAAGGAAAAAUUGUA